AUGUCUGGCGAGAACGAGAACGGCACCCCAGGCGGCGAGCGGGCCGAGGCCCCCGCCAACACGGAGCACCUCAACAUCAAGGUCACCGACAACAACAACGAGGUCUUCUUCAAGAUCAAGCGCACCACCAAGCUCGAGAAGCUCAUGGGCGCCUUUUGCGAGCGACAGGGCAAGGCCCUCAGCUCGGUGCGGUUCCUCUUUGACGGAACGCGUGUCCAGCCCACAGAUACCCCCGACGCGCUUGAGAUGCAAGACGGCGACACGCUCGAGGUGCAUCAGGAGCAGGUGGGCGGAUGUUCACUGUAG